GCAAGCCAACCAUUUGACACCUAACUAUUAGCAGUCGGUAGCAACAAAUCAGGACCCAAUUGUCUCUCAACACGAUCAUAACACAGUUCUUGAUUAUCCUCUUCUAUUUUUAAUGCUAAACAGAUUAAUUAUACCAAAUUUAAAACACCAAGAAACGUUCAUUUUUAGAGAAUUAUCCAAGAAUUUUCAAGAAAAAACGGCUAAAACAAUUACCAGCUGAAUCCGCUUUUAAUCACUUCAAAAGAAUUAAAGAGGUGAGAAUCUUUGCAGUUUUGAAAAGAGCAAGCUAUCUGGGAAUAUCUACCGAGUAGAUCAAGCGAUGUUUGAGUGUUAACAUUACUGUGGGGUUUUGUUUUUGGUCAUUAAUGUGGGCGUUGUAUUUUCUAUUGAGCAAGAUUUUGAAUGUGGAAGAAGCAGCAGAUGAAAAGGUGAACGGUUCAGACGGAGAUCAUGUAAAUGCAAGAGAAUGCCAAGAUGCUAUAUUGGCAGGUUCGCACUUUGUAGAAGUUCCGCAUAUAAGCCAGCUGCACUCCUGGGAUUGCGGCCUUGCUUGUGUUCUCAUGACUCUGAAUACUAUUGGCAUCAAUAAUUGCAGCAUUCAGACUUUGGAAGAAUUAUGCUGCACAACUAGCAUUUGGACCGUUGAUCUGGCAUUUUUACUCCAGAAUUUUUCUGUUAGGUUCUCCUACUUCACAGUAACACUUGGAGCGAACCCAAAUUAUUCUGCCGAGACAUUUUACAAGGAGCAAUUGCCUACUGAUCUGGUGCGAGUCGACAUGCUCUUUCAAGAGGCAAGAGAAAAAGGGAUUACUAUACAGUGCAGGUCAAUCAAUGUAAAGGAGAUUGCUCUCUUGAUCUUGUCAGGUAGAUACAUUGCAAUCGCUUUGGUCGACCAGUAUAUAUUGAGUCGGUCUUGGAUGGAGGAUGUUAUUUUUUCUGGCUUGAAUAGAAGCAACUCAAGCUACACGGGUCACUAUGUUGUGAUAUGUGGCUAUGAUGCAAGUGCAGAUGAAUUUGAGAUUCGAGACCCUGCCAGUUCUAGGAUAAGUGAGAGAAUCUCAUCAAAAUGCCUAGAAGAAGCACGCAAAUCAUAUGGCACCGAUGAAGAUCUUCUCCUGAUAUCUCUAGAGAAGAGCAGUGAACAAAACAGCUCCUCGUUGCAACAUUCUCCACAUGUCGAUGUUUCGUUGCAUUGUACUUAAAUCCGAGCAGCUGGUUGGUUGCAUCAUUUUUUUCUGCAUAUAAUACUAAAAUUGUGCAUAAUAUGUGUGUAAAGUUUUUAUGGAGUCUGGUUUAUGAUUUUAAGCAUUUGUUCAUACUUCAUAGUGUACAUUAUCAUAUUAUAUAUCAUAGGGAAAAUGUAUAAUUAUGUUGAUAUUCAUUCAGAUGAUUCUAUUUGGAUU